CGGCCCACUUGUAACCAAAUGCGAACUUCAGUUUCUGUUUUGCCCACCUCAAGGAACACAUGUUAUCUUCUUUUCCUCUAGAAUUUCUCUUCAGCUUUUUUCAUGAAAGCACUUUGUAAGGAUCUGUGAUUUUGAUGUACGACUGUGACGUUCACAAGCUUUGCGCUUCUGGGUCACUGUGUUCGAAAUAGUACGGAAUGUGAAUGAGGUGACUUUUGGUAUUGCUGCUUGCUGGGUCAAGAAAAGCAAGAGAGAGCUAGCAAUCUCUCUUCCUAUUAUGAAGAGCAAGGAAAUGGAGUUAGUCGUCUCUGUCAUUCUUUUGUUUGUGGGUAUUGCUGUUCUGGUGAUCAUUCAUGUCUGCAUCGCCGGGAGAGCUUUCAGGGGAGGGAAUCAUCAAGGCAAUAAUAUGGUUCAAAGGGGAAGCAACGGGACCAAAAGGAUGUCCACUGGGGACCUCGAAAGGCUCCCCUGCUUUGACUACAAGGCGGCAGAGAAAGGGUCUAGCUCUGUUGAUUGUGCCGUCUGCUUGGACAACUUCAAAAUGGGUGAUAAGUGCAGGUUAUUACCGAAUUGCAGGCACAGCUUCCAUGUCCAGUGCAUAGAUUCGUGGUUGUUGAAGACACCCAUUUGCCCAAUUUGUCGAACUUGCGUUAAUCCGCCCAAGAUUGACGUGAUUUUGAGAGAAGAAACUAGCGUUGGAGAUGAAUUGACAUAGAGCCGUCAGAAUUGGUUCAAUUCUGCAUCUACUUCUGCAGCUGCCAGCUUUAGUGCCCAGAUGUUUUAGAUUUGUUUUGAAUGCUGGUUGUCUGUUUCAUUUUCAAUGAGAGUGAGGUUCUUGUUUGCUUUUGUCCACUCAAACACAAUACAUGGAACAAAUGUGGUCUUCUGAGAA